AUGUUGGUAUAUUAAUUGAUUAAUUGUAGAGAUUGUAGAAAUAAAUAUAACUAACAAUUAUAAGAGUAGAGUAAAAAUGUUAAGAAUAAUAAUAAAAUAAUUUUAUUCAGUUAUUUUAAGUGGGUUUGAAAAAAAAUAUCGUUUUUGUUUAAGUGAUUAAUAAAUAAAUGAAAUUGGUAUUAGGUUUGACCAUCCUAUUGGCAUUAGGCAGUUGUGCUUCUUUCUUGGAAGAACAACAACCAAUGGAAAAUAAAAUAUAUAAGAUUAAGUUGGAUAGAACAGAAUCAUAGGCAAGAAAAUCAUUAUUUGAUUUUAUUACAACAAGUUAAUAAUACAGAAAGAGUUCAGACUUGUUGGGAGAAUCAGAUAUUGAGAUGACAUAGACAAAAUAAAAGGAAUCAAUAAAAUUAUACAACUUUAAGAAUACUUAAUAUACAGGAGAGAUUGGAUUAGGUGGUUAGGAUAACAAAUUCAAGGUAUAAGUAUAAUUUAUGUUAGGUUAUCUUUGAUACAGGAUCUGCUAAUAUUUGGUUAAAUUCAGCAAGAUGUAAUGAUUAUGGAUGUAAAAAUCAUAAGCAAUAUGAUGGUUCAAAGAGUUCAACUUAUGAACAUUUAGGUUAUGAUUUAGAUGUAGAAUUCGGAACAGGAGAAUUGAUGGGAGAAGUAUAUAAAAAUAGCAUAAAUUAUUAGAUUAAUGCUGAUACUGCAUAUGUUGGUGGAGUAAAGAUUGCUAAAUAAGAAUUUGCAGAAAUAGUAAGAGAGAAUGGUGAUGUAUUUGCAUAAUCAGAUUUUGAUGGUAUUGUUGGAUUAGCAUAUCCAACAAUGGCUGCUUAUAAUUUCAACCCAUUAUUUGAUAACAUUAUGCAAUAGAAAUUAUUAGACAGAAACGUGUUUUCUUUCUAUUUUUCAAGAUAAGAAGGUUCUAGAUCAUCUGAGUUAACAUUGGGUGGUUGGGAUAAUGAUCAUUUCACUGGAGAUUUACAUUUCCAUAAUGUUGUUAAUAAAUAUUAUUGGUUAUUGGAUGCUGAUAAUAUUUUAGUCAAUGAUAAAGAUGUAGGACUUUGUAAACAUGGAUGUAAAGUAGUUGCUGAUACUGGUACUUCAUUAUUAACUGGUCCAUCAGAAGCUUUAUAUGAUUUACUUGGUAUUCCUUUAUUUUAAUUUUAGAUACCUUGAACAUUGAUGAAAACUGUAGUAACGUUAAGGAAUUACCAAAAUUAACAUUUGUUUUAGAUGGUAUUAAAUAUGAUUUGGAUGCUAAUGAUUAUGUGAUGAAAAUAGAUUCUUAAGGAAAUGAAGUAUAUAUAAUAUUCAUUAAUUUAGGUUGCUUAUGAUACCUUUGCUAGUACUGAUAGUUUUGUAGAAAUGGGAGCAAAUUGCCAAUGUGUUGGAUCAUUUAUGCCUUUAGAUAUUCCAUCACCUUAAGGACCAGCCUGGAUUUUAGGUGAUACUUUCCUUAGCAAAUUUUAUUCUGUCUACGAUAGAGAUAAUGAUAGAGUUGGUUUUGCUAGAUCAAAAUGAUUCAUANAAUAAAAUUAUACAACUUUAAGAAUACAUAAUAUACAGGAGAGAUUGGAUUAGGUGGUUAAGAUAACAAAUUUAAGGUAUAAGUAUAAUUUAUGUUAGGUUAUUUUUGAUACAGGAUCUGCUAAUAUUUGGUUAAAUUCAGCAAGAUGUAAUGAUUAUGGAUGUAAAAAUCAUAAGCAAUAUGAUGGUUCAAAGAGUUCAACUUAUGAACAUUUAGGUUAUGAUUUAGAUGUAGAAUUCGGAACAGGAGAAUUGAUGGGAGAAGUAUAUAAAAAUAGCAUAAAUUAUUAGAUUAAUGCUGAUACUGCAUAUGUUGGUGGAGUAAAGAUUGCUAAAUAAGAAUUUGCAGAAAUAGUAAGAGAGAAUGGUGAUGUAUUUGCAUAAUCAGAUUUUGAUGGUAUUGUUGGAUUAGCAUAUCCAACAAUGGCUGCUUAUAAUUUCAACCCAUUAUUUGAUAACAUUAUGCAAUAGAAAUUAUUAGACAGAAAUGUGUUUUCUUUCUAUUUUUCAAGAUAAGAAGGUUCUAGAUCAUCUGAGUUAACAUUGGGUGGUUGGGAUAAUGAUCAUUUCACUGGAGAUUUACAUUUCCAUAAUGUUGUUAAUAAAUAUUAUUGGUUAUUGGAUGCUGAUAAUAUUUUAGUCAAUGAUAAAGAUGUAGGACUUUGUAAACAUGGAUGUAAAGUAGUUGCUGAUACUGGUACUUCAUUAUUAACUGGUCCAUCAGAAGCUUUAUAUGAUUUACUUGGUAUUCCUUUAUUUUAAUUUUAGAUACCUUGAACAUUGAUGAAAACUGUAGUAACGUUAAGGAAUUACCAAAAUUAACAUUUGUUUUAGAUGGUAUUAAAUAUGAUUUGGAUGCUAAUGAUUAUGUGAUGAAAAUAGAUUCUUAAGGAAAUGAAGUAUAUAUAAUAUUCAUUAAUUUAGGUUGCUUAUGAUACCUUUGCUAGUACUGAUAGUUUUGUAGAAAUGGGAGCAAAUUGCCAAUGUGUUGGAUCAUUUAUGCCUUUAGAUAUUCCAUCACCUUAAGGACCAGCCUGGAUUUUAGGUGAUACUUUCCUUAGCAAAUUUUAUUCUGUCUACGAUAGAGAUAAUGAUAGAGUUGGUUUUGCUAGAUCAAAAUGA